AUGCUGAGGGUCCAUGGUCCAGAUCGUUUGCUCUGCCUUCUAUUCCUGCUCCUGGCCMCCCACAGCGCUGAGGAGGACCGUCCUCCUUGGCGAAGGUUUGAGUACAAGCUCAGCUUCAAAGGUCCAAGGCUGGCAUUGCCUGGGGCUGGAAUACCCUUCUGGAGCCAUCACGGAGAUACCAUCCUGGGCCUGGAGGAAGUACGCCUAGUGCCAUCCAUGAGGAACCAGAAGGGCGCGGUGUGGAGCGAGACUUCUGUCCUCUUCCCUGCUUGGGAGGUGGAGAUGCAAAUGAGGGUGACUGGGCCCGGGCACCSGGGAGCCCAGGGCAUGGCUGUAUGGUAUACCCAGAACAGGGGCCAAGUUGGCUCUGUCUUUGGGGGGCUGGCCUCAUGGGACGGCAUCGGGAUCUUCUUUGACUCCUCGGCCGAGGAUACCCAGGACAGCCCUGUAAUCCGUGUGGUGACCAGCGAUGGGUACGUCCCUUCUGAGCAGCUUGGGGAUGGAGCAAGUCACCAGGUACUGGGCUCCUGUCACCGAGACUUCCGGAACCGGCCAUAUCCCAUCAGAACAMGGAUCACCUACUGGAGGCAGAGGCUGCGUGUGUCCUUGAGCACUGGUCUCACUCCCAGUGACCCAGAUGAGGUCUGUGUCGAUGUGGGGUCCGUGCUUUUGGCUCCUGGAGGUUUCUUUGGGGUCUCAGCAGCCACCAGCACYCUGGCAGAUGACCAUGAUGUCCUGUCGUUCCUGACUUUCAGCCUGAACGAGCCGGGUCCAGAGGUUCCCCCUCAGCCCUUCCUGGAGAUGGAGCAGCUUCGUCUGGCAAGGCAGCUGGAAGGGCUGCAGGCCAAGCUGGCCCUGGGCAGCAGGGUGGUUAUAAUUCCACAGCCAAACUCAAAAGCCCAGGAAGAGGGGGAAAGGUUCUUUGGCCUGGAGGAGACAUUGGGCAGACACAACAAGAUCCUGCAGGACCUCCAGGCUCUCUCUGAGCAGUUGGCCCAGGCAGAGAUGCAAUGGAAGAAGCAGCUGGGGUUCCUAGGCCAGGCCAGGCCUGAGGGAGCCUGGGAUUCUGCCAAGAUCAGCACCCUGCUCUAUGGACAGCAGACUUUGCUCCAGGCCCUGCAAGAGAUGAGCAAUGCAGCUGCUCGCAUGGCCUCAGGAGCCCAGGUCUUCUACCUGCCUGUGGGCACCRAACACCAUUUCUUAGAGCUGGACCAGAUCUUGAGCCUCCUGCAUAAGAGUCUUCGGGACCCAGUGAAAGCAGCAGUCAAGUCCCCCCRCCCAUAUGGAUGGCCCCCAGGAGCCUCCACAUGUCUACGGCCCGGCAUCUUCCUGUUCUUCCUCCUCAUCCAGACUUUKGGCUUUUUCUGCUAUGUGAAUCUUAGGCAGGAGCUGGACAAGAGGCUUCGGRAGUGUUUGUCCACAGGAAACCUUCCUUUGGGUGCUGUGCCACACAUCUCUAGGGUGCUGGGAACUCUGAGGAGGCAGYCCUUCUCCCCCAGCAUGCAUGCCUGA